ACACACUUCUACACUUACGAGUGAAGAUGGCGGAUGUGUUGAGUGUUCUUCGUCAGUAUAAUAUCCAGAAAAAGGAAAUCGUCGCAAAGGGAGAUGAAGUUAUAUUUGGAGAGUUCUCCUGGCCGAAAAAUGUCAAGACCAACUAUAUUAUCUGGGGAACUGGUAAAGAGGGCCAGCCCAAAGAAUAUUAUACAUUGGACUCUAUUUUGUUCCUGCUCAACAAUGUACACCUGCCACAUCCGUCCUAUGUGCGAAGAGCUGCAACUGAGAACAUCCCUGUUGUUCGAAGGCCUGAUCGAAAGGGCUUGCUUUCUUACCUUAAUGGCGAGAGUUCGACAUCGACCAGUAUAGACAGAAGUGCACCUAUAGAAAUUGGCCUUCAAAGGCCAACUCAAGUGAAAAGAGCUGCCGAUGAGGUAUCUUCAGAAGCCAAAAAACCUCGGGUUGAGGAUGAAGAGCGGGUGCGUCUGGACAAGGAGCGUUUGGCUGCUCGUUUGGAGGGCCACAAGGAGGGCAUCGUGCAGACUGACCAGAUCAGAUCGCUGUCUGAGGCCAUGUCGGUGGAGAAGAUCGCAGCCAUCAAAGCUAAGAUUAUGGCCAAAAAGCGCUCCACCAUCAAGACGGACCUGGAUGACGACAUCACGGUGAAGCAGAGAAGUUUUGUGGAUGCCGAAGUGGAUGUCACUCGAGACAUCGUCAGCAGGGAGAGGGUGUGGAGGACACGGACGACCAUCCUCCAGAGCACCGGAAAGAACUUCUCCAAGAACAUCUUUGCCAUUCUUCAGUCGGUGAAAGCCAGAGAAGAAGGGCGAGCCCCAGAGCAACGGCCGGCGCAAAACACAACUCAAGUGGACCCUUCGCUCAGGACCAAGCAGCCUGUGCCGGCAGCCUACAAUCGAUACGAUCAGGAGCGAUUCAAAGGAAAAGAGGAAACGGAGGGUUUCAAGAUCGAUACCAUGGGCACCUACCACGGAAUGACUCUGAAAUCAGUGACGGAAGGGGCGUCGGCUCGCAAGGCCCAGACCCCUGCGCUCCAGCCCGUCCCGCGCCCAGUUUCACAAGCCAGACCGCCUCCGAAUCAGAAAAAAGGGUCGCGCACGCCCAUCAUCAUCAUCCCGGCCGCCACCACCUCGCUCAUCACAAUGCUGAAUGCCAAGGAUCUAAUGCAGGACCUCAAGUUUGUCACGUCUGACGAGAAGAAGAAGCAAGGCAUCCCGCGCGACAACGAGGUUCUUCUUCAGCGGCGCAAAGACCAGAUCCAACCCGGAGGCAGCACGCUCUCCGUCACCGUCCCCUACAGAGUCAUCGACCAGCCGCUCAAACUCGCACCGCAGGACUGGGACCGAGUGGUGGCCGUGUUUGUGCAGGGUCCCGCCUGGCAGUUUAAGGGCUGGCCUUGGCUAUUGCCCGACGGCUCCCCCGUCGACAUCUUCGCCAAGAUUCGAGCCUUUCACCUCAAGUACGACGAGGCCAAAACGGAUCCCAACGUGCAGAAGUGGGACGUGACGGUCCUGGAACUCAGCCGCCACCGGCGCCAUUUGGACCGGCCCGUCUUCCUGCGCUUUUGGGAAACUCUGGACAGAUACAUGGUGAAACACAAAUCUCAUCUCAGGUUUUGAACUCGGAUCGCAACAAACUUCUGGACCUGUUACUCGACUUGGCUCGACUCCUCUCCCCAUCUUGGGCCCUACUUUAUGCCAAUCGCAUAGGAUUCCCUGACGAUUCCCUUGACAUGCAAAUCAAAGAAGGGGGCUCUGUUGGAAUUCUUUAUUUUUUGAUGUUCCAAAUAACUCUUCUAUCAAAAAGAGGACAUUAAAAAAAUCACAAUUCCCAUGGCGUUAAUGAGUUUAAUGUAAAUACAUGCUAAAAUUUCACCGAGCCGCCAAACCAGAGAUGGACUGAUUUGCUAUUUACCCAGACUUUUGGGCUCUUGUGGCUUUUGAGAUACACGGGCCAUAUAAUGACCCUUUUCCAAGCUUCAGUUUCUUUUGUUGAUGUCGUCAGAGCUCCAAAUGAAAUAUGCUUUCUGACGUAGAAAGACAAUAAAAGCCUUUCAAAUGAA